AUGACGAACAGGUCCGAUCAGAUGCUCAAAACACCGACCGAGUACAUCGAGUGCGCGCGCGAUCGUCUCCUUGACCCAACGGCAAACCAGGUCACCAGAAGCCAACUAGCAAGAAACUGCCGCUGGCGUAGGUCGGCACCCUCCCCCCCCUGGAUCACCGUCAGGCCGCAGCGGUCGCAGCGAGCUCGCCCCCCGCCUCCCUGCGGCUCGGCGGUCGAGGACGGCGCCGACGGAGCAGAAGAGACGAGGGAAAAUGGAAACAAAAGGGACACCUUUUCUGGCGAGUGCAAGAAAACCCUGAAUGGGCCAGCGAACGAAAGAAUGAAUGAGUGCACCAGCGAGAGGCUCCGGCCGGCGCAGCGCAAACCCGCGUCCCUUCCGGAGCGCGAGCAGCCCCGUGGACGACCCGGCCCUACUAGGCGCGCCCUACAAGCAGCCCGCCCCUUACUUCCAAGUACCCACGAUCCACGGUGUCCGCCCACCCACGCCCACGCCCUCGCACGCCGCGAUAAGUACGUCAUCCUACAAGAGCUCGGCCCACGGCGCCCCGCCACGCCCGCCUUCACUGCUGACGACGUUGCGUCACAUCGCGCCAACGUCCAGGGCCAGCGGGACCACUGGGUGCUCUACUGCACCUCGAGGAAACUGCCGCUCCUAAUCGGGAGGAAACGACCAGCUCCCUUCACCGAAAUCAAGGUUACUCCAACAAGCAUCCGAGGCGGAGGCGAGAUGACUCAGAUAAAAACGCCCAAUGAUUUAUGCAAAAAUCCCACGGUCCCCAAGAAGGGCGCGCGAACCAGCCCCGCCGAGGUCACCGGAAGCCGGAAGUUCACCCGCGUCGACGAGUCACGGGCGAGCAAAAGCAACAGGUCAUCCCCUGAAUCCCCGCAGCUGGUACUGGAGCACAUGUCCAGCUCUGAGCUUGCACCGCCUGCAGGACUGCUCGGGCCUCUGACGAAUGCUCAGCCUCGUCCACGCGCGGCGGCCCUCACCGACACUGGACGCAUAAAAAUAAGUCCCGGCCAUUCCUCCUUCGCGGGACAAGAGCAUCCUGACACAGAGCGUGUGCACCGCGCCGGGGCUAUCAAGAAUAAGUGUCAGCAUGCGCUGACGUGCCACCAGCGGGCGUGCGGCUGCAGACGCAGCUCCGGCGUCCCACUAGAGACUCGCGUGGCCUCAGCAUCGCAUGCCCCUGGGUAUGCUGCGGUUGUUAGCAGAGAAGCCGAGAAUUCCAGAGGUCCAGAGCAGCGCCUGGACGAGCCCCCGGCGGGCACGCGGGCGGCGUCGGGCGGCGAUCCUCUCGGGCGUGCAUGGCAGAGCGCGGCGGCAGGAUCCUUCGGGUCGCCUGGCUUAGAAAGAGGCGGGAAUAGCAAUGGGUCCUUUCGCCAGCCGCCGCCAGAAGGACUCGCUGAGGGGCGUCGAGGGCGCCCUGCGAGGAGGCCUCCCAGGACCGCCGCCGCGGCGCCCGCCGAUCCGAGGCGGAAUCGCAGGAUUGACAAUUAUUCUAAGAACGUUGCAUCUGGCAACACUGGGCCAAGCGCCACCGCGCCCACAAGGCGACUCAUGCACACAAGCACAUCCACAUAUGCUCUCACGCACACAAGCACAUUUAACGAGGUUCCCACGCUCACACGUGCAUCAGCAAAAGCUUCGUAUCGCCUAAACGCCUCCGUCUUCCCUCAAACCACAUCCCCGUCUACCCUAUACCCCUACCCCAUACCUAUACCCACGCCCAUGACAACAUUAACUGCCUCAUCACGUCAUAUCCACAAGGCCUGUUUCUGGGACGUGCCCUUCAACCCGCAUGCAAGAGGGGCGCAUGCAGAGCCACAGGACUCCUGCGCGCCCGCCCUCGCGCGCGGAGGAGCAUCCAGGCCUACCUCCUCUUCCGAGCCGCCCAAGGCCUACCUGCCCGCCCCCCUCUGCCCGGGGACCCAGCUGAGAGCCCCACGUGCCUCCCCCUGCCUCCCUGCCUCCCUGCCUCCCUGCCCCGCCCCUUCCCUGCCGCCGCCGCAGCGUUCCAGUCUGGGCGUGGGAGGCGUGGGAGGCGUGGGCCAGGCGAGAGAAACGCUGUCCCAUCAGCAGCAUCGUCGUCGAAAUGUGCUUCCUAUAAAAGCACUUAACGAUUCUGUGGAAUGGAGGUCGAGAGACAGUGUAGAAGAAACUGCCUUGACGCUGGAAUAUUCUCUGUUGAACACGCAUGCAGUUAGCGGUGUCAGUGUUGUUUGUAUUGCUUUGGUAGUAAUAUUAAGUGUCAGUUCGUUGGCGGCUGCGGUGUCAGAAGGAUCGGCUGGCGACGGCAUUAGCUCUUAG